UUCUGUCUUUUGCUGUUGCGGUUACCAGUGUGUCGCGUCGCCAUGGCAAGCCGUAAAACUACACAACCGAAGCGGGACACCGAGGACAAAUACUCAAUUCUUCUUCCUACCUACAACGAGAGGGAAAACCUGCCUUUAAUAGUUUGGCUUUUGGUGAAAUAUUUGGGGGAAAGUGGCUUUAACUAUGAGAUAAUUGUCAUCGACGACGGAAGCCCAGAUGGGACACUGGAGGUGGCAGAGCAAUUGCAGAAAAUUUAUGGAGGAGACAAAAUACUUCUACGCCCAAGAGAAAAGAAAUUAGGACUCGGUACUGCCUACAUCCAUGGGAUGAAGCAUGCAACCGGGAACUUCAUCAUCAUCAUGGAUGCCGAUCUCUCUCAUCAUCCCAAGUUCAUUCCUGAAUUUAUUCAAAAGCAGAAAGAGGGAAAUUAUGAUGUUGUGUCUGGCACUCGUUACCGAGGUGACGGGGGGGUGUACGGCUGGGACCUGCGCAGGAAACUCAUCAGUCGAGGGGCCAACUUUCUGACUCAGGUGCUGUUAAGGCCGGGGGCGUCAGACCUCACAGGCAGUUUCAGGUUGUACAAGAAAAGUGCUCUGGAGAGUCUGGUGGAGCGGUGCGUCUCCAAAGGCUACGUCUUUCAGAUGGAGAUGAUCGUCAGAGCCAGACAGCUCAACUUUACCAUCGGAGAGGUUCCCAUCUCCUUUGUGGACCGCGUCUACGGGGAAUCCAAACUGGGAGGCAACGAGAUCGUGUCUUUUGCAAAAGGACUGCUCAUGCUUUUCGCCACAACAUGAUCAUCUUGAGCUUUUGUAGUGGUCUCUCGGUCUUCAGGUCUGUGCGCAGAAAUGUACCUGGAUUAUCAAAAAGUGGCACGGCAGCUGAUGCGAAAAAAAGACGUGUCCCGGUUGGAAGCCUUUUCACGCACAGAGAUUCUCCCAUGUUGUUUCACAUUCCCAUCACUUUUUGCAAAAAAAACGGUUUAAUCAUUCCUAAAUCAGACAAUUCACAGAAUGAAGGCGUUAGGCUGGUUACAGUUUAAAAAUGUUUUUGUUUGUUAAAAAUGAUCAAGUCUUGCUGGCUCCUUUGUUCACUUAUUAUUAUUAUUAUAUAUUUUUUAGUUUAGUUCAUUAAAUCUGAAGCAGGACUGUAUAGACAACACAAAUAUCAAGGACACUUUAUUGUAAAAUAGGUGUUUAACAGUUUGAGUUCAGGUGUGAUUAGCAGCAAUGUAAAAGGAAAAAACAAUUGCUCAAUCUGUCUGGUCAAAAUAAAGAUGUUCUGGGAAUAUA